AUGCAUCGGCAUGUCCUUCGAGGCAGACGUUAUCGGAUUGAGCGUUUUGGUGGGAGAACUCGACCGAUUGACGGGCGAGGACGGCGACAAGGGGGCAAAGCGAGGCCCAAGUUGCGGGCGAUUGAGCCGAAAUUGAGGCUGGAGUCCCCCAACAAAUGGGCAUUUCUCGCAGAGAUUUGCAUUAGUUGCCGCGACGAAUGUCAGUCAGUCACCGGGUCCACAAACACAAACAGCAUUCCCUUUUAUUUCGCGACAGUGCAUGCCGGAGAAUGGGAGUAG